GUUUUAAAAAAGUGUUAAAAACUCAUCAAGCCAGAAUAUUGUAUUUAUUUACUUUCCCUUAUUAAAAAUGCACUUCUUUAGUCAUUGAGUGUGCUAAAUUCUCCAAGAUUUCUACUACACAAAAUAUUUAGCUGAAAACCAGAACUUAUAUUUUCUAUAGGGCCUGUGUGGAGCUCUGUAAUUAUGACAAUCUUGUAUUUUGUUUGUGUUCAAGCAGUCAUUUAGUGGUGUUUUAUGUUGAGCUGUGGUAUCAAAUCAAGUCCUCUGUUGUGGGAUCAAUACCAUUCUGUUUUUAUAUUGACACUCGAGAAAGUGACGGACAUUAAUUUACAAUUUUUUUUCAAUAGUUGUGUUAUCUACACACCACAAACUUUGCUUUUAUGUUUCAUCAACAACUCAACCGCUUAUUUAUUAAGGAAAAGUAAGCCGAUUAUGACAGCAGGGGUAGAGGCCGGGCUUAAAUUGCAUACUACAGUCUUAUUGGUUGGAUUUUAUGAUAGACGUUUCAAUCAGCCAAUCAAAGCACCCAACAUUUUGUCACUGUAUUUUACCACUUGACCUAAAAAAAACACACUGCUGUUUUGAAUGUUUUGAGAUUCCUAGUUCCUGAUCUCCGGGGACCUUUGAAGAGCACAGAAGUGUUAUGAGAAAUCACAGGCUUCUUGUGGAGUCAAAAAACAGCGUCGGGGGAAACUUAUGGAGGAAGUUCGGCGCAGUUUGGCCCGGGGUGUCAGCACCUGUCGGAAUCUGCUGAUGUCACUCUGUGGUGCCGCGAGGAUGGAGUCGCUGCUCAAACGAUGCCGCGAGACCCCAACGCUCCGCUCGUCUCUGCUGCUCACCGGCCUGUUUCUGUUCCUGUUCAUGUCUUUGUAUCCGGCAUUGUGGUCCAUCGGGGUUCGCCUCAAGUCGGUUCUAACCGGAAGUUACGUAGCCGGCCACCACUCCGUUCUUCUCAUCAACAGCCCCAAUGAGCAAACAGCGAAGGAAAUUGCCAGGGGCGUCAUGGAGCAUCGACUUGCAGCCAGUGUUAACAUCCUCUACAGAACCUCCACAAUGUAUUAUUGGAAAAGCGAGAUCCAGGAUGCAACAGAAAUCCUGAUGCUGGUGAAGACGAGGAGCUCCAAAAUCCAGCAAGUCGUGAAUUAUGUGAGGUCCGUCCAUCCCUAUGGGACCCCAGAAAUCCUCAGCUUCCCAGUGGAGGACGGCAGUCUGGAUUACAUGAAGUGGAUUGAUGAAGCCGUUCCGGAUGAUUGAUCCCUGCAGUUGGAACCAAAUCCUGGGUUGCUCAGUGACCGCGCCUCAACAAGGAUCCAAGAGGACACCCUGAAAAAGCCUUGUCGACUCCAAGGCCAGUCGGUAGGAGGUGUGCUUAUUUUUGAAUUGCACUGGUUCCCUCAAAAGAAACUGGGGAUCAAUGUUAUUCAGUAAAUCACUUGAAGAUCAAACUGUCAGGGAAAAGUUUGAAAUUUGGACAAAUAGACUGUAUGAUUCCAAUUCCUCACGACUCACUUUUCUGAGAUGCAGCAUUUAGACGUCAUGUAACUAAGCCCAGCAGAGUGCAGCAUUUGCAAAACCCAACUUGAAGCUUUUCAAAUAAUUAUUAUUACAAACGUUUAAAGCAAAAUGCUAGUUUAAAAGUAAUUUACAUAUAUUUAUCAAAAAAACAACAACAAACAAGUCUAGAUUGUUGCGUUUCAGUUUCAGUUUUCUCCAGAUCAAAUGAACUUUUGAAGCCAAAAUUGGAAUGUGAAGCAUCAGGAAGUUGUGACCAAGUACUUCCUUCCUUUUUUAAAAAUUUUAAACAAACAACUAAAUUGCUAAACAACUAAAAAAACUUUUUUUUUUUUGCAGAAAUUUUUUAUUUUAAGCUUAUUUAUUGGUACGGCAAUCUGUUGUUUCUUCAUAUUAGAGUAGAAGAUUUAAAAUGUUCCUUCUUUGUCUCAGUUCAGGGAUUUUCUUUUGGCUAAAUAGUUUGUCUGUAGAUGUUGAAAUGUUGGAUGUUAAAAAUCCUGGAGAAGAGGCCAAAGUUGAUUUGUUGUUUUGUUUUUUUCUGCUCACUGGCUUGAAACAAAACGUUUAAUUUUUCGAAAUACAAGUUUGAAGUAGAUUUAGACAUGUGUAUUAGUACAUUUUCAAUAAUUUUUGUCUAUCUAAUGUAUUUAAAUGUCCAAAGGUUAUGCAGUGAUGUUUUAUAUCACAGGUAAGGUUUAAAUUGGCUCAGUUUGGGCUCUUUAGGGCAGCUUUAGUUAAGUCAAUUCUUCAACAUUCUUUAAUUUUAUUUUUGUCAUUCCUGAUCAUUAAACGUUUAGUGGAUGACGGGUUUCCACUUUGUAGCAUUGAUAUACAUAUCAUAUGUACUUACGCAACACCCUUUCCUUAAACAGGAAACAUUUCAAGUAUAAUUAUCAUAUUUUUAAAUAUUUCAUAUAUUUGUUGUUUUUUUUGCGAGCAGGUUCUAACAAGAGAAAGUCUCUGUGUGGUGAAGCUUCUUUAUCUUUAAACUUUAGGAUUGAAAAAAGUACAACAACAAAAAAAACUCUUGUGUUAAACAAUAUCAUUAAUAUUGAACAGAUUAUUCUCCCAAAUCCCACACCAGUCCUGUUAUUUUGGUUUGAGUCCACUGCAUUAAAGGUCUUGGGGCGCUUUGGAAAAUGAAAAAAACGAAAAAACACAUGAAGCGCUGUUAUGCAGAAAGACUUUUUGCCAUCAGACUGGACAAAAGAACUGCAGACAAGGUUCCAGUUUGGUGCUGCGUCUGCAGAGCCGCUGUAAUCCUCCCCGUCCGGUCCGGGGAACAAAUGAAAUGCGAGACAAUACAAUGAAAAUGUUUCAGAAUGUUUUACCAAAAUGUUGAUGCUCGUUCCAUGUGUUUAGGGUUUAUUUAUUUAUCUUUUUUGGUGUAUUAAGAGACUUGUGUGCUUUGCUGACUAAAUAUAGAUGUAUCUUGCGAAGGAAAAAGGGAAAUAAAAAAACUGAAACCACCAAAGGAUGCUCCUGCACUUUUAACAAAUGUACACUAGAUGGUGCUACUGCAAUUUGCAAUAAUUCCCCCUUCUUUCAAUAGUCAGAGAAAUGAUUUCCAGUCAGCGUAAUAUGAUAGUAAAACUGCAAAAAUAAACAAUUUUCCCUCCA